CUUACAACCUUACAACCUUGUUUGAUAUAAGACACAGAAUGUGUAUUUAUGGUUGUGAAUGUUUAUCUACGGUAUAGAGAUGUUAAUAUGAACGGUAAUAAAUAGAAGAAUAAAUAUUAAAUCAAAGUUAUCGCGAAUAAAUUCUAUUUAAUCUUUAAAAUGAAUAUACUUCCAAAAAAACGAUGGCACGUCCGAACUAAGGACAAUAUUGCUCGCGUCCGCCGGGAUGAGGCUGAAGCGAAAGAAUUGGAACAAAAACGACAAGAAAAGCUGUUGCUAGCGGAAAGCGAAGCUCGUAUUAACUUUUUAAGGAGAAAAUCUGGAGCCUCGAACACCACGUCCACUGACCAUGAAAAUGAGUUAUCCGUAGUCAAAGAAACACAAAGCGGCAAUCAGCAAAAUGUUGAUUUGUUUUCUGAUUAUAAGACACACAUUAAAAAAACCAAUAAAGCUCUGGAACAGGAAAAAAAAGAAGAGCAAGAAAAAUAUGAAAAGCAGAUCGGUUAUUUGACAUAUCUAGGCCAAGACACUAAUGAAGCGUUAAAACUUCAGAGUUGGUAUGAAAAGGCACCAAUAAGAGAAGAAAUAGGGGAUAGAAUAGUUCACGAAAAGGAUUUAAAAAAUAAGCACUCGCAAGAUCCUUUAACACUCAUUAAUGCUUUAUUGCCUGCUAUUGACUCCAAAACUAUUAAAGACAACUCAUCUAAACGCGCUCAUGAGGAAGAAACAACAGCAUCCUGCACCUCCCCACCUCAAAGGAAAAAAAAGAAGUCGCAUAACGAGGAUCCUUCUUCUAUAUCAGCAAGGCACAAAAAACGAAAAAAACAUAAAAAGCAUAAACAAAACAAAAAAGAAAAUUGUAAGAAGCAAAAAUAUUUUGAUUAUGAAAGUGACACAGAGGAGCUGCAAAGGCUUAAGCAAGAAAAAUUGUUAAAGCUUCGUAAAGAACGCCUUGAUCGAGAAACUUCUGAACGCUUACGACAAGAAGCACUUCUUGCACCAAUGAAUUCCAAACAAGAUUUGCAUAGCGCUAAAAUUCCUCCUGCACGUAUAGUCCAAAAAUAUAAUAGUCAAUUUAAUCCAGAAUUAGCAAAGCAAAAUAUGAUGUAAACUUUUAUUUAAAUAUAUAUGAUGUAUGU